ACGCAGGAGUCCAGCGCCAUGGGGCUAUUGCUGGCUUAGAUAGCUAUAGCCUUCUUGAAGACGAUAUAAGGGAUAAGGGAUAUGCUGAAGAUAUAUAAGCAGAUACACCCUCCAUGUCCUAGAAAUGCUCAUCAAUUCUCUCAACAAUGAACUCCUAUCCUCUUGAAGCUUCUCCCUAUAACAGCAAAGACGACCCCUACAAUUAUCCACAGCAGAUUGAGAAUCGGGCGCCAGAACGACCCAACAGAUUCCUCCAGAUCCUCAAUUUUGUCGUCUUUGCUGCCUUGCUUUUUGGCUCGCUUUGCUUCAUUUACUAUGCUUUGCUCAAAGAAAAAUUGUACUUGCAGAUAAUCAGUUUCUCUAUCUAUUGUGUGCUUGUAGCUUUAACUUUUGUUCUCACCUCGUCGUCUCCCAGGUACUUUAAGUUUGUCAUAUGGGAAGGUAUCGCUGCGUCCCUGGUAUUGGUCUUUGUAGUGGGUUACAAAUUUUACAGAAUUGACAAUUUUGUAAUCAAAAUCUGCAUUGUUAUUGCCCUAUUGGUAAUUCAAUUGGUGUUUUAUAUCUUUUUUAGUUGCUUCAGAAAACAUGGCAGGUACAAGUAUCUGAAAAUAACCAACUAGAUAAGAUAACAAGUAGAUAAAUAAGAAAAUAAAUAGAUACUAAUUAAAAAAAUAAAAAAAAAAAUUUAAAUAAAUAUAAAGUUUAAUAAUAAAG